AUGUUCCAGGUCCGCUGGCGCUUUUCUUGUGAGGACGAUCCUGGCCUUCGCCAUCAGAGCAGGGGACCCAGGCCAGAGGAGGCUGUCCCCGGCCCCGCACGUUGCUCGGCCGCCCGCGCUCCUCCCUCCGCCUCCGCCGCUGUCCCGAGCGCGCCGCCCCCCCAAGCCCGGAUGCUGGCGCCUGGCCGGGGCCCCCGCGGGCCGCCGCUGACCAUGCCCGGGCUCCGGGGGGCGCUGCGCCAGCCCACCGGCUGCGGCUCCUGCCUCGGGGCGGCGCUGGCCCUGCUGCUGCUGCUGCUGCCCGCCGGCUGCCCGGUUGGGGCGCAGAACGACACGGAGCCCAUCGUGCUGGAGGGCAAGUGCCUGGUGGUGUGCGACUCCAGCCCGUCGGCGGACGGGGCUGUCACCUCCUCGCUCGGCAUCUCCGUGCGCUCCGGUAGCGCCAAAGUGGCCUUCUCCGCUACCCGGAGCACCAACCACGAGCCGUCGGAGAUGAGCAACCGCACCAUGACCAUUUACUUCGACCAGGUGUUAGUGAACAUUGGCAACCAUUUCGAUCUUGCCUCCAGUAUAUUUGUAGCUCCCAGAAAAGGGAUUUAUAGCUUCAGCUUCCACGUGGUCAAAGUGUACAACAGACAGACCAUCCAGGUCAGUUUGAUGCAGAACGGCUAUCCAGUGAUCUCAGCAUUCGCAGGAGACCAGGAUGUGACCAGAGAAGCAGCCAGCAACGGGGUCCUGCUGCUGAUGGAGAGGGAGGACAAGGUGCAUCUCAAACUGGAGCGGGGCAACCUCAUGGGCGGCUGGAAGUACUCCACCUUCUCCGGCUUCUUGGUGUUUCCUCUAUAA